AUGCAAUUCUCAAGCAUCUGUCUCGUGGCUCUGACCGCUGUAGCUGUGUCGGCACAAGAUACUACCUUUACCAAAAAGAAUGCAAAGACUGCAACCGACUCUGCCGGCCAGGUCGCAGGCACUGGCGGUGCACGAAUCAACUCGGCCAAUUCUACCAAACCAACAGGAGCUGGUGGUAAACAUGGAUCAUCCACGGCUUCAACCACGGGCAAGAAGAUGAACUCCUCAACGCCUUCAAGCACAUCAUCAUCAGGAACAGCCAAGUCCACGACCAACGCUGCUGCGGGAUCACUCCUAUCAAAUGGUGGAGGACUGGUCACUGUUGCAGGUCUUGGUAUCAUGUUUGCUGUGUUUAUGUAA